AUGGAGAAAAGAAACCUGGUUUCAGACUUGAAACAUAAUAUCGAUGACAUUUUCAUAUUAGAAGUGAGAUGGAUGAUUGGAAGGAAUGUGUUUGUGAAGGUGACGCAAGUGGUAUCGUCGAUGACAGAUAGAAAAAAAAUACCUAGUAUGGAUUUAACAUGGAAAGAAAUACCUAACAUGGAUUUAACGGACCGAAAAUGUUGCAGGCAGUCAAACUUAAAACGCUUUGACUCCCCACGUGGCGUCCGUCUGUGA